AUGAGUGAGCGCUCGGGAGCGAGCACUCUGGGGGCCAUGACCCUGGAGGAACCCAGGGGCGAAGAGGCCUCCCCUGAGGCCCCGGGGCCUCUUCGCUGUGGGCCCUGUGCGGUGUGGCACCGCCAGCAGACCUGGCUGUGUGCAGUGCCAUUGGUGAUGGGCUUCGUGGGCCUGGGCCUCAGUCUCAUGCUACUCAAAUGGAUUGUAGUGGGCUCCGUUCAAGACUAUGUGCCCACGGACCUAGUGGAUGCCAAGGGCAUAGGGCAGGACCCCAUCUUUCUCUCUGAACCCAGCGCUCCACCCAAGCAACCAGACACUAUGACCACGACUAUGAAGACCACCACCACAGCGGUGGUCUCCACCACCCCUCUAGCAGCCAACGGCACGGUCCCAGCCCCGAGAACUCAAUUUGGUCUGCCCUCCAACCACUCGGCCCCACACCUCCACAACCGGGUCGGCAGUGGCACCCGCACCACACGACUUCCCCCGCCCGGGGGUAAAGAAGUGACGCCGCACAGCACCACGGUACGGCGGGUAGGCGGCACAGCCAACGGUCGGAAGGAUAAGGACCCCCCGAACUCGCGAUCCGGUCCAACCUUCACAACCACCAAAGCCACUAGCACAACCGCUAUCGCCAACACGACAACCAAGGCGCUACCACCAACUUUUCCACCAUCUCCCCCAGCCAAGCCCACCGGGCACUGGGACCCUGGACGCUCUGAGAAAGGUCCCGCCACACGCCCACACCACCGCUUCAGAACACGUAAGUCUGCUUUUCUAAAAGGGAGGGUUUGUUUGUGUCUGUGUGUGCAAAUGAUAUAGAGUGUUUCACAAGAGCUCUAGCGUUUGUUCUGUCUGGCUGAUUGCAUUGGAGAGCUGGUGGAGCUGGUGCCCAAUCAAAUCAAAUCAAAUGUAUUUGUCACAUGCGUGUAGAUGCUUACUUUCAAGCCCUUAACCAACAAUGCAGUUCAAGAAAUAGAGUUUAGAAGAUAUUUAGAGAACAGUCUAUGACUUAGGUGACUGGAGUCUUUGACACAUUUUUGCAGUCUCCUGAGGGGGAAAAGGUAUUGUCGUGCUCUCUUCACGGCUGUCUUGGUGUGUUUGGACCAUGAUAAUUUGUUGGUGAUGUGGACACCAAGGAAAUUGAAAAUCUUGACCCACUCCACUACAGCCCCGUCGAUGUGAAUAGGGGCGUGUUUGGCCCUCCUUUUCAUGUAGUCCACGAUCAGCUCCUUUGUCUUGCUUACGUUGAGGGAGAGGUUGUUGUCCUGCCACUACACUGCCAGGUCUCUGACCUCCUCCCUAUAGGCUGUCUCAUCGUUGUCGGUGAUCAGGCCUACAACUGUUGUGUGAUCAGCAAACUUAAUGAUGGUGUUGGAGUCGUGCUUGUCCAUGCAGUCGUGGGUGAACAGGGAGUAAAGGAGGGGACUAAGCACGCACCCCUGAAGGGCCCGCGUGUUGAGGAUCAGCGUGGCAGAUGUGUUGUUGCCUACCCUUACCACCUGGGGGCGGCCCGUCAAGAAGUCCAGGAUCCAGUUGCAGAGGGAGGUGUUUAGUCCCAGGGUCUACACUAUGGUGUUGAACGCUGAGCUGUAGUCAAUGAACAGCAUUCUCACGUACGUGUUCCUUUUGUCCAGGUGGGAAAGGGCAGCGUGGGGUGCGAUUGAGAUUGCAUAAUCUGUGGAUCUGUUGGGGCGGAAAGCGAAUUGGAGUGGGUCUAGGGUUUCCGGGAUGAUGGUGUUGAUGUGAGCCAUUACCAGCCUUUCAAAGCACUUCAUGGCAACCGACAUGAGUGCUACAGGGCGGUAGUUAUUUAGGCAGGUUACCUUCGCUUUCUUGGGCACAGGGACUAUGGUGGUCUGCUUGAAACAUGUAGGUAUUACAAACUCGGUCAGGGAGAGGUUGAAAAUAUCAGUGAAGACACUUUCCAGUUGGUCUGCGCAUGCUCUGAGUACACGUUCUGGUAAUCCGUCAGGCCCCGCGGCCUUGUGAAUGUUGACAUGGUUUAAAGGUCUUGCUCACAUCGGCUACGGAGAGCGUGAUCACACGCAUUAAAGUCCUCAGCCACUAGGGGCACCGCUUUUGGAUGAGCAUUUUCUUGUUUGCUUAUGGCCUUAUACAGCUUGUUGAGUGCGGUCUUAGUGCCAGCAUCGGUUCGUGGUGGUAAAUAGACGGCUAUGAAAAAUAUAGAUGAAAACUCUCUUGGUAGAUAGUGUGGUCUACAGCUUAUCAUGAGGUACUCUACCUCAGGUGAGCAAUACUUCGAGACUUCCUUAAUAUAAGACAUCGCGCACCAGCUGUUAUUGAGAAAUAGACUCAUACCCCCACCCCUCAUCUUGCCAGACGUAGCUGUUCUGUCCUGCCAAUGCACGGAAAACCCAGCCAACUGUAUAUUAUCCGUGUCGUCGUUCAGCCACGACUCGGUGGAACAUAAGAUAUUACAGUUUUUAAUGUCCGUUGGUAGGAUAGUCUCGAACGGAGAUCAUACAGUUUAUUCUCCAGUGAUUUCACGUUGGCCAAUAGAACAGAUGGUAGAGGCGGGUUACCCACUCGCCGACAAAUUCUCACACGGCACCCCGAUCUCCGCCCCCUGUAUUUCCGUAUUUUCUUCACGCGAAUGACUGGGAUUUGGGUCUGGUCUCGGAGAAGCAGUAUAUCCUUUGCGUCGGACUCGUUCAGUUCAAGGUGAGUAAUCGCUGUUCUGAUAUCCAGAAGCUCUUUCGGCAUAAGAGACGGUAGCUGCAACAUUAUGUUGAAAAUAAGUUACAAACAAUGGGAAAAAUACACAAAAUAGCACAGUUGGUUAGGACCAUACAUUAAUGUAUUGCUGCUGCUGAAGAAACCCCCCCUCAAAAGGCUACCUUGUAUAAACCAUAGUCUAAAUAUGUAUAAAGAUGAGUUCCUCUAACGUCAUGAAAGGAGGCACUCGUGUAAUACAAUGGCAUUCACACUGUGGCUGAAUAGUAAUCUGAGAGCACUUGAAUUCCUUCCCCUGACCUUUACCUUUGACUUGUACAUUAACCUUUUACUGCAGUGGGCUAAAUCAGGGUCACAAAGUGUUUCUUGGUAGUCUUAAACAAAGCUACUUUGAAACGAAAGUAUAUACAUCACAUACAUGGUUAUGGUCUUUAAAAAAAAGAACACACCUGUACCAUGUCAGAUAUAGAGUGGAAAUGUAUUCAAUUUUGAGUUUGCAUCACAAUAUUACACUUUAUAUACAGCACCAGUCAAAAGUUUUAGAACACCUACUCAUUCAAGGGUUUUUCUUAAUUUUCUACUAUUUUCUACGUUGUAUAAUAAUAGUGAAGACAUCAAAACUAUGAAAUAACACAUAUGGAAUCAUGAAGUAACCAAAAAAGUGUUAAACAAAUCAAAAUAUAUUUUAUAUUUGAGAUUCUUCAAAUAGCCACCCUUUGCCUUGAUGACAGCUUUGUAUUAUCUCAACCAGCUUCACCUGGAAUGCUUUUCCAACAGUCUUGAAGGAGUUCCCACAUAUGCUGAGCACUUAUUGGCUGCUUUUCUUUCAUUCUUCUGUCCGACUCAUCCCAAAACAUCUCAUUUGGGUUGAGGUCGGGGGAUUGUGGAGGCCAGGUCAUCUGAUGCAGCAAUCCAUCACUCUCCUUUUUUUUUUUUAGGGGGUAGAUCAGCUUUAAUAUUUCAGAUAGAUGGUAAUUUCCAUCAAUGUAAUUGUCUGCAUCACUUCCAAUCCCCGAUGUUUUUUUUCUCGCAUAUAUAUAUAUAUAUAUAUAUAUAUAUAUAGAGAGAGAGAGAGAGAGAGAGAGUGGGGAGAACAAGUAUUUGAUACACUGCCGAUUUUGCAGGUUUUCCUACUUACAAAGCAUGUAGAGGUCUGUAAUUUUUAUCAUAGGUACACUUCAACUGUGAGAGAUGGAAUCUAAAACAAAAAUCCAGAAAAUCACAAUGUAUGAUUUUUAAGUAAUUAAUUAGCAUUUUAUUGCAUGACAUAAGUAUUUGAUACAUCAGAAAAGCAGAACUUAAUAUUUGGUACAGAAACCUUUGUUUGCAAUUACAGAGAUCAUACGUUUCCUUUAGGUCUUGACCAGGUUUGCACACCCUGCAGCAGGGAUUUUGGCCCACUCCUCUGUACAGACCUUCUCCAGAUCCUUCAGGUUUCGGGGCUGUCGCUGGGCAAUACAGACUUUCAGCUCCCUCCAAAGAUUUUCUAUUGGGUUCAGGUCUGGAGACUGGCUAGGCCACUCCAGGACCUUGAGAUGCUUCUUACGGAGCCACUCCUUAGUUGCCCUGGCUGUGUGUUUUGGGUCAUAGUCAUGCUGGAAGACCCAGCCACGACCCAUCUUCAAUGUUCUUACUGAGGGAAGAGGGUUGUUGGCCAAGAUCUCGCGAUACAUGGCCCCAUCCAUCCUCCCCUCAAUAUGGUGCAGUCGUCCUGUCCCCUUUGAAGAAAGCAUCCCCAAAGAAUGAUGUUUCCACAUCCAUGCUUCACGGUUGGGAUGGUGUUCUUGGGGUGGUAUUCAUCCUUCUUCUUCCUCCAAACACGGCGAGUGGAGUUUGGACCAAAAAGCUAUAUUUUUGUCUCAUCAGACCAUUCUUCCUCUGGAUCAUCCAGAUGGUCAUUGGCAAACUUCAGACGGGCCUGGACAUGCGCUGGCUUGAGCAGGGGGACCUUGCGUGCGCUGCAGGAUUUUAAUCCAUGACGGCGUAGUGUGUUACUAAUGGUUUUCUUUGAGACUGUGGUCCCAGCUCUCUUCAGGUCAUUGACCAGGUCCUGCCGUGUAGUUCUGGGCUGAUCCCUCACCUUCCUCAUGAUCAUUGAUGCCCCACGAGGUGAGAUCUUGCAUGGAGUUCCAGACCGAGGGUGAUUGACCGUCAUCUUGAACUUCCUCCAUUUUCUAAUAAUUGCGCCAACAGUUGUUGCCUUCUCACCAAGCUGCUUGCCUAUUGUCCUUUAGCCCAUCCCAGCCUUGUGCAGGUCUACAAUUUUAUCCCUGAUGUCCUUGCUCUCUGGUCUUGGCCAUUGUGGAGAGGUUGGAGUCUGUUUGAUUGAGUGUGUGGACAGGUGUCUUUUAUACAGGUAACGAGUUCAAACAGGUGCAGUUAACACAGGUAAUGAGUGGAGAACAGGAGGGCUUCUUAAAGAAAAACUAACAGGUCUGUGAGAGCCGGAAUUCUUACUGGUUGGUAGGUGAUCAAAUACUUAUGUCAUGCAAUAAAAUGCACAUUAAUUAUUUAAAAAUCAUACAAUGUGAUUUUCUUGAUUUUUGUUUUAGAUUCCGUCUCUCACAGUUGAAGUGUACCUAUGAUAAAAAUGACAGACCACUACAUGCUUUGUAAGUAGGAAAACCUGCAAAAUCGGCAGUGUAUCAAAUACUUGUUCUCCCCACAUGCAAUUAUAUGAUGGUCCGACCGCAUUCUGUCCCCUAUCAACACUUUUUAAACUUUUGGUGCCAAUGAGAAUGACAUAAGAAAGAAUUCAAGACGACUAGCUUGAUUGAGUCUCCGCCAUGUAUAUCUCACUAGAUCAGGAUAUUUAAGCCUCCAUAUAUCUACUAGUUCUAAUGUAUCCAUGACAUUCUCGAUUUCCUUAAGAGCAUGAGGGUGAUUGUUUGUAGUGUGAUUUCCUUUACUCUCCUUCUUGGUAAAAUAGCCCUUACACAGCCUGGAGGUGUGUUGGGUCAUUGUCCUAUUGAAAAACAAGUAGUCCCACUAAGCCCAAACCAGAUGGGAUGGCAUAUCUCUGCAGAAUGCUGUGGUAGCCAUGCUGGUUAAGUGUGCCUUGAAUUCUAAAUAAAUCACAGACAGUGUCACCAGCAAAGCAGCCCCACACCAUAACACCUCCUCCUCCAUGCUUUAUGGUGGGAAAUACACAUGCUGAGAUCAUCCGUUCACCCACACCGCAUCUCAAAAAUCUCAAAUUUGGACUCCAGACCAAAGGACACAUUUCCACCGAUCCAUUGCUCGUGUUUCUUGGCCCAAGCAGGUCAUUCCUUAUUAUUGGUUUCCUUUAUUAGUGGUUUCUUUGCAGCAAUUCAACCAUGAACGCCUGAUUCACACAGUCCCCUCUGAACAGUUGAUGUGGAGAUGUGUCUGUUACUUGAACUCUGUGAAGCAUUUAUUUGGGCUGCAAUUUCUGAGGCUGGUAACUCUAAUGAACAUCCUCUGCAGCAGAGGUAACUCUGGGUCUUCCAUUCCUGCGGCGGUCCUCAUGAGAGCCAGUUUCAUCAUAGCGCUUGGUGGUUUUUGCGACUGCACUUGAAUAAACCUUCAAAGUUCUUGAAAUGUUUAGUAUUGACUGACUUUCAUGUCUUAAAGUAAUGGACUGUCGUUUCUCUUUGCUUAUUUGAGCUGUUCUUGCCAUAAUAUUUACGUAGUCUUUUACCAAAUAGGGUUAUCUUCUGUAAACCCCCUUACCUUGUCACAACACGACUGAUUGGCUCAAACGCAUUAAUUCCACAAAUUAACUUUUAACAAGGCCCACCUGUAAAUUGAAAUGCAUUCCAGGUGACUACCUCAUGAAGCUGGUUGAGAGAAUGCAAAGAGUGUGCAAAGCUGUCAUCAAGGCAAAGGGUGGCUAUUUGAAGAAUCUCAAAUAUAAAAUAUAUUUUGAUUUGUUGAACACUUUUUUGGUUACUACAUGAUUCCAUAUGUGUUAUUUCAUUGUUUUGAUGUCUUCACUAUUAUUCUACAAUGUAGAAAAUAGUAAAAAAUAAAGAAAAACUCUUGAAUGAGUUGGUGUUCUAAAACUUUUGACCUGUAGUGUAUUUCACUGGCUGCAUUCCAAAUGGCACCCUAUUCCCUCUAUAGUUUACUUCUUGUGACGAAAGUAGUGCACAAUAGGGAAUAGGGUGCCAUUUCGGACGUAUUCACUGAAACCUCACAUGGUUCCAUUCUUCAUCUGUUCUUUUCCUCUUUCCCCCUCCGUCUUGGUGAAGGUCGCUCAUUCUCUCCACAUCAUUGUCUUAUACCUCAAUUUAUUUACUCCUGUCUAUUUCUGUCGCUCUUUCUCCUUCACUUUCUAUCUUUGAAUCUUUUCAAUUAGAUCUCUUUAAUCGUAGAAAUACUGCAUUACGCAUGCAAGCACACACAGAUGUAAGCUCACAUUUACACACGCACACACACUGUGACUUACGUUUUUUCUCAGCCUUGAUUCUCUUUUGCCAAAGUGUCUAGCAAGGCUUUUUGUACAGAGCAUCAUUGGCCCUAUUUAAGAAACCAAGGAGUGGAUGUAGCACUACAAGUGUGUGUGGGAGACAGUAAGACAUUGUAUCUGAAAGUCGUUGGCCAUAAGCCCGCUUCUCUGAUAAGUGUAGUAGGGGAUUGGGGGACUCUUCCUUCACUGAAACAUCAUUGAAAUCCCACGGACACCUUACAGUGUGAAGUCCUCUGUAGCUUCACACUGUGGUCCUCUGUAGCUCAGCUGGUAGAGCACAGCGCUUGUAAUGCUAAGGUAGUGGGUUCGAUCCCCAGGACCACCCAUACACAAAAUAAAAAUGUAUGCACGCAUGACUGUAAGUCGCUUUGGAUAAAAGCAUCUGCUAAAUGGCAUAUUAUUUAUUUAUUAUAAGUCAAAAGCCAGCAUUCUGGAGUGGAAUUUUCCCAGGUAGGAGAGCACAUAUAUGGAACGACAGAUGGCGGUGACACAAGAAACGAAUAAACACAAACAAGGAGUUCACACAGGAGAAUCUGGAUGUCACACUGAAAUAGUUUGACUUUAUGUUUUCUGACACGUUAGCCCUGUGCUUUUCAUGUUCCCAGCUGUUCAUGUAUCCCUGAUUGGGCAGUGGACCGUGUAG